AUCAGACAUAUGUACUCUGCGCAGCGUCGGAAUCAAGUCUUUUUGUGCAGAAAUAUAGUGUUUACCUGUGCAAAGGUAAGCAUGUCGAAUUCAGUUUUAAUAGCAAUCAGAAAGAACUUCUUAUCCCGAAUUCGAAAUGACUGAAAACACUAAAUUCGCGAAUAUUAUGGUUAGAUUUUUGCGCUUGACAUUUGACGUUACUCUCUUUCUCUCGUAAAAUGGCCAGACUUGCCUGCGAUCUUUUGAAUUCUUAUUGCCAUCUGAAAAGAAUUACCUGGUUCUAAAAAAGCAAACAUUAAAAUUAUCGCGUGUGAAAAGUGUCAUUAAUUUGAGGUUAGGUGGGUGUAAAAAAAAAUCAAGUUGAAUCUUCCCGAAAUGUCAACCUUCUAUUUCCAAAAUUUAAAGAGUGAUUCGCGAAUUCGAUAUCGAAAAAUUAGUGCGCGAUUUCUUUUGUGAAGUUUGCACAAAGUUGAUUAAAAUUGAGUUUCACCUACAUCCGAGACUUACACGACUAUUAAUAAGAAAAAAUUGAUGGAAAGAAUGGAGUAAAACCUUGUUUACAAAAGCGGUCAGGGCUUCCGUUUUUCUGAUGACCACUGGAGUGAACUGGAAAAACCCGGGCAUCGACUGGGAUCAUUUUCCUUGAGUGUCCAUUGCAUUGGAAUAGAUAUCUAGAUUAAAUAAAAACGAAAACCCAUUCAAACAGAAUAUCCUAUGUUUCGUCUUCCAAUUCUGUACUGAAUUUCAAUCAAGUCUUCAAAAACGAUUUCAAAAUGUGAAAAUUGGGACCGAAGUGAAGGGCUCUGAAAAGAAGUUUUUUGAAAAUCGUGAAAGCAAACACAAAUCGCAAAAAUGAAGUUAUCACCAGUGGACUAUCUUGGCUCCGCGGCAAUGGACCGUCGAUUCAGUGCUCCCAUGUUGCCUUGGAUUAUAAGUGAGAUCAAGAGGAGAAAUAAACGCGAAAAGGUUAAUCUUCUGUUGGCUUCUGGAACCAUUUCGGCAUACGUCCCCAACAAAGAGGAGCCGUUGUUUAGACAUACAUUAAACAGCACCUUGAAACCUCAACUGGUACCACCAAGUGCCCAGGACAUAAAAGGUGGCAGCUUUCUUUACACUCUCAAAGGCGAUGAUGCACUAUAUUAUUGUUACCUUUUCAAGGCCAAGGACUCCAGUGCGGUUCAGGAGCUCUUCAAUGCAAUGAAGGAACAAUCCUCAACAAGAUAUGAAAAAGACCGAGAUGUUCCUCAAAAGUCGUACAGCAGUGCUGCAACUUUGACAAGCAUAGGUGCUGACAUAUCACCAAGUUCAUCACACUUUUUUGAGGUACUAUACCUGGGGAAAAUAAAAUUAAACCAAGGAAAGUUACCAAAUGGAAAGUUACCUCAUUCAAUAGUAUCUCAAACAUUCAUAGACGACGCCCUCGUCAAAUUACGUGGACGUGGACUAGAGAAAUCGAAAUCAUCAGCAAGUAAUCUGCUAGCUCAGUGCCAACAGCUCAAAAACCAAACAAGUACUUCCGAGCUUGUGUCUAAUGUCAGGAGAGGCAGUGUGGAUUCAAAUGCCAGUGAACUAGGAAGUACAGAUAAUGUAUCAGGUAGUAGGUUAUUAUCUCCCACGUCCCCUACUAGUCCUCUGGGAACCACCAAGAUCCUGGGCGGUUCCGUAGAAACUCUUCCACUAAGACACAAUAGUAUAUCAGAAAAUGAUGAACAGGAAAGUAAACAGGUGCCAAAGAAGAGUAGUAGUUCCAAUAUACAAUUACCUGACGCGAUGAGGAAUCGUGCAGCUUCCACUGGGAGUGUUUUGGCUCCAAGGAGAGGUUCCGCUGCUGAUGCCAGCGAGGAACAUAACCGCACAAUGUUAUUCCAGGUCGGUCGACAAGAUCUACGCCUGAUCAGUCCAGACCGAAAGCAAGUCUUACUUCACAAGCUGCUGAAAAAUGUAGCCACUUGUGUUCAAGGAAUCGCGAAUCCAGAACACUUCGGUUUCAUAUGCCGGGAUCCUGGCGUUGAAAGUUUCGUCGCCUACGUUUUUAAAUGCCAAUCUGAAUCAGUAGCUGACGAUUUAGUAGGAGCCAUAUCUCAAGCAUUCAUUUCUGGUUACGAGGGUAAUCGAAGAGAUAGACACGCUGUCUUCUCCUGCGAGCAUUGCCCGAUGGUUUGGUACAAGAAAUUGGUCCAAGAAAUCGACGGGCAAAAUGAGAGAAAGACGCAGAAUAUUAUAUUCUCUCGAAUGGAGAUGUUGUCAGAAGAAGAGCACGAAAUUAUCGUAACUAAAUUCAAAGGCUCUGAAGCUGGAGGCUCAGGUGCUGGAUCGAGUAUCCGCGAGCAGAAUAACUUUUUAAUGGCACUACUUCGGGCUCACUGUGAAUCAAAACAGUCAAGACAUGUUCACGACACUGCAGAGAACAGGAGUGAAUUUCUGAAUCAGUAUCUUAGUGUCGGUGUGGGAAGUACGAUAUUCAUGAAAGCCAAACGUUCCCUGACGAAUAGUUUUGACAAUCUGAUGAAAAGGAAAGGAUCAAGAGACGACUUCUCCCUUCCAUCGCAAAUUCGCGAAUCGAAUCAAUUUAGCUCAGCGAUACAGAAGGCUGGUAGUCAAAGUCCUGUGAAUUUAGGAUCACAAACUAUCACAGAGGUUUCUCCCGAAUCCGAUAGACCAAGGUCACUUCGAGUCUCUCCCGAGCAACAGUUGUCUGUAAAUACAAGUCCAAAGAGUCCUAUGAUGGAUAUCUUCUUAAAAGUAGGCAACUCACCAAAGAUGUCUCCAACCGAAUCAGAUGAAGCCGGCAGGUUGCAUGCGAGUGGUUCUUGGAGGCAAGCUAUUCUUAAUCGUGUAGUAACCCCUGGCAAAGAUAAAGACAAUAAAGAUAAUGACAAAUCAGGAAUGAACAUUAAAAAGAAUCAGCAGUCGAAUGUCAGGAAGAAGUCUAAAGAAGAGCUUAGAGAACUCUGGAAGAAAGCCAUUAAUCAGCAAUUGAUUCUAAUAAGAAUGGAGAAGGAAAAUGCGAGACUCAAAGUUCAUCAACAAGAAACGACGCUUAAAAGGAUUAAAUUAGAUUACGAUGAACUUAGCAGCUGUGCACGAGAGUUGGUUGAAGUUUGGGAUCUUUUAGUUAGUAAAGAGUCGAGGAUAUCUACGAAAUGUGAUAAUCAAAUGCUGUUGCAGGCCAUCAAGCAAGGUGUACCAAGGGGAAAACGCGGGGAAGUCUGGCACUUCUUGGCGGAACAGUUUUGCUUGAAGCAACCUCCGAUGGAGACGCGUGACUUUCCAAAUUACAACAUGCCCUAUGAACUUCUCCUGAAGCAACUAACAUCCCAACAACACGCAAUUCUGAUCGACUUGGGACGAACCUUUCCAAAUCACCCUUACUUCUCUUCGCCCCUAGGACCCGGUCAGUUGGGACUUUUUAAUUUACUAAAAGCCUACUCUCUCCUCGACCAUGAAGUUGGAUAUUGUCAGGGGCUAAGUUUCGUCGCAGGUGUGCUUCUCCUGCACAUGGCCGAAGACCAAGCAUUCUUCCUCCUGCGACAUCUGAUGUUCAGAAGAGGUUUAAGAAAACUCUAUCUUCCCGACAUGGCCGCUUUGCAGCUCCACUUAUACCAACUCUCCCGAUUACUUCACGAUAGACUGCCUGCUAUCUACAAUCAUUUCGACAAACACGAAGUCUCGCCCACAUUAUACGCAGCGCCCUGGCUUCUCACUUUAUUCGCCAGCCAAUUUCCCCUCGGUUUCGUCACCAGAGUUUUCGAUUUGCUAUUCCUCGAGUCCUCAGAAGUCAUCUUCCGAGUGGCGCUAGCUCUGCUCGAGGACCAUCAAGAUCAACUCCUCUGCUGCGACAGUUUCGAGGAGAUUAUGGAGUACCUGAAAAUCCGUGUUCCAGCUGUCGAUAAAUCCGUUCUCGACCGAGUGAUGAAACGAGUUUUCUAUCCUGACAUGGAGAUUGGCAAGCAGUUGAACGAGUACAGAGUUGAGUACCAAGUCUUGCAAGAGGAGAUGCUUUCCGUGAAGCCCCAGAUUGAAAAUAUGGAGAAACUCGAAAUGCUCAACAAACAGCUCACUCAGCAAAAUGUCAGUCUCAACAGUCAACUCGAAAUCGCGCUGAACAAUCUGCAUCGCCUCGAAAGCACACGUUCGAUUCAACAAUCGUCUGGGCAUAAACUUGAGUCCCAGAAUCGAAGUUUGGAAGUGACAGUUGCGACCUUGGGAGCCUUCAUUCAACAUCUCGCUGAUACUCGUACGGAUAUUGAUAUUCCGGGAGAUGUGAGGAGAAUAGUUGCGCAGCUGAGUGUCGCUGAAAAUAGACGUAGCAACAGUGUCAGAAGUUUCCCUUUGAAAGUUCUCGAAGACAAUAAUAAUAAGUACGGAAUGGUGAAGAGCAAUUCGACUGGUAAAGAGACCCAGAAGUUUCUAAGGGGUGGAAUGGAAACGCCCUAUCCCUUGAAGUCGGCUCUGAGUCAACCAAACUUGGGAAGUCGAUUGGAGAAAAUGUCCUCCUUCUUUGCCAAUUCUCACACUCAGAUUGAGCAGAAAAGGGCAGAAAUCGCAGCGCUGAGAAACGAAGUCGGCAGCGAUCGGAAUAGUUUCAGCAGCAAUGAUGAGAACGAUCCAAAAUCUGUGAAUAUCGAUAUUCAAAUUACCGAUACUGUCGAUUCGGCCGCUGAUAGUGCAAACUCCACCAACAAUAAUAUCAAGAUUGAAACGGUGGCUUUGGAAAAGUCGAUUUCUCUACCCUUAUCGAACGCCAGAAUCAGAUUGAAACCAUCCAAGUCUGCAUACGAGUUGGGAUCAGUCAGGAAAGUUCCAACUACAAGACUCGAGGACACGACCGAGGAAUCUUUCUCGAAUUUAACUGGAACGAUCCACCCCCUGGACACUUGCAGUGAUGUCAAUUUUAAAUAUGGAGGUACCACCAAACUUAAAUCCAUCAAACCUGUUAGACUUCCGGGCCAGAAUAUUCAAAACGACAACUUGAACAAGGAGAUUCAGAAUAAAAAUCCAGAAAUUCUGAGUAGAUAGCAAUUGCUUCUUCUCUCGAUAUUAAAACGGAAUUUGGCGUAAUCGCGACUCGAAACAAUUACGCAUGAAAGGACCUGAACCGUCAAUUAAGAUCCUUGAAUCUUGAAUUGUUGUCAUCAAAUUAGAAAAAUAGAGGUGCAGUUUUUCAUCGACGCAGACUGACUUUCAUUAGAUGCUUGGACCUUACCCGCAAUUUUAAUAGGAUCAACGAAAUUGGACCUGCUUUUCUCGCUUUUUAUCAUAGAAACAAAAUCGACUACGAUGACGAAUCAAUAAUCAUAUCUUUUAAGUGAUAGUCAAUAAGUCAAUUUCAAAACUGACUCAAAUACCGUUACCUUGUCUUGCGAUUGCCAAAUUUUAUAAACUAAGUCUACCACACUUAGAGAAUGAAAUAGUCAACGUGAGUUUAAAAAAAAUAUAUAUAUAUAGUAAUGCAGUAACGUACUUCCAAAAGUAUUUAAAAUGUGAGGUGGAUUAUGCCUCAAAAUUCACUUACGACUUUUAUAUUUUUCAGAAUUAACGUUUACCAUACUUUUUAUUUAUUCCAGGAGAAUAUAAAUUCGGUCUAAUAGAAAAUAUGGCAAACGGAAAUAGUGUGAAAUAAAAAUUGGGGCAAAUGAUAAACUCGAAUAAAGGAAAAUUCUGGCAAGCAGAUUAAAAACUCCAUCUUAGAAGAACCUCUCCCGGAGUGUGGGUCUAAAAUUACUACUCUGACGCUGGUCGUCUAAAGAAUUUGUUUUGGUCAGACCAAACAACUGAUAGGUUUAGUAAUUUUUUAAUUUAUAAGAAUUCAGAGAAUUCUACGAAUUCCAGGAAUUUAGAAGAAUUCUACCAAAUUUAAGACCAAUCCAUUUCUAAUCAGACAGAUUCUAAACUUUAAUUGGCCGAAUCUCCCAGAUAGGAAAUAAGUUGUUUUUAAAGGAAAUUAGGGGACACUUCAUUUGACCGAUUUGAGAAGAAUGAAUUUUCCAUAAACUGUUUGAAUUUUGAUAUAAAAAGGCGAUUUUCACAAUAAGAAACUGUACUUAUUUUUUUCUAAUUUAUUAUUCUCAAUUUGGCCUUUUAUAGGGAAGAAAUCAUGUGUUUUAUGGGGGCACAAUUUUUGUGAGUAGCCUAAUUUUUUACCUUAAAAUAGAAUUUUCGCAUUUUUUAGAAAGAAACAAAGCUACCAAAAAAAAAUGUAGAAAAAUUAUGAACAUCUAAAAAAGUUCCCGAAAAAAAUCCUCUCUUUUGCGAUAUCUUGCUAAAUAACUUUUAUGGCCAUGAGAAUCUUUUUUUUUUUCAUAAAAUAAAAUGUUCUCAUUUUUGUCGCAAACAAAGACAAAUGCAAAAAAAAUUGAAGAUAAAAUUGCGCACGUAUAAAAAAGUUCCAGGAAAAGGACAAAAAUUAUGUUUGCAGGAAAAAAAUUGUCCUGGCCUAAAAUUGGUUUAGCCCUGAUAAAACUGAUAAAGUGCCUUGUUUAUAUAUUUAAACAGAAACUUAAAGAAAAUAUUGCAAAAAAAGGAGGUAUUUCCGAAAAUCUUUUUUUUUGACUUUUAAAAUUGUGAUCAAAAUAUUUUCUGAAAAACCCCGCCUCUUUUGUUUUUUGUAAUAUUUGUAUAAAAAGUGAAAAAUUACCAAGAUGGCGACUUUUUUGAAAAUAUAAAAAGUAGACUUUCACAACUAAACCACACUUAUAUUUUUGUCAAUCUUUUGCUAAAUUUGGCGUUUGUGCAUAGAUUUCUUUUGUCUUACAAUCGAAUUUCCUUAUUUUUUCAGAAAGAAAAGGUACCAAAAAUUGAGUUAAAAUUAUGCACAUCUAGAAAAAAUCUCGAAAAAUAUUUCUCUUUUGUGAUAUCUUGCUAAAUAACUUUUAUGGCAAGGAGAAUUUUUUUCAUGAAAUAAAAUUUUCUCAUUUUUGUCGAAAACGACGACAAAUGCAAAAAAAUUGAAGAUAAAAGUUGGUACGUAUAAAAAAGUUCUAGGAAAAAAUAAAAUUAUAUUUGAAGGAAAAAAAUUUCUCCUGGCCUAAAAUUGGGUUAGCUCUAAUAAAAUUAAUAAAGGGUCUUGCUUACAUUUAAAUAUUUAAACAGAAACUUAAAAAUAUUAUAUUUAUUAUAUUUAUACAGGAACUUGAAAAAAAUAUCACAAAAAAAGAUGAAAGGGGAUAUUUCCGAAAAUCUUUUUUUUUUCGAAUUUAAAAACAUGGCAAACAUAUUUUCUGAAAACCCCCGCCUUUUUGUUUUUUUGUAAUAUUUUAACACAAAUUUUAAAUUACAAAAAUGGUGACUUGUUUGGAAAUAGAAAAAGUAUAUUUUUACAAAAAAUAGACACUUAUAUUUUUUCCAAUCUUUUGCUGAAUUUGGCCUUUGUGUAUAAUUUUUUUUUUCUCAAAUCGAAUUUUCGCAUUUAUCUCAGAAAGAACCAGACGCGAAAAAAUAUGACAAAACAUGACAUACACAGAGGAGUUCUCUAAAAAAAUGCCUCUUGCUCUUCUGCGAUAGCUGAAACUUUUUAAAAAUAUUUCAAAAAAGGCGGGGUUUUUUAGAAAAUUUUUUUGUCACGUUUUUAAAAGUCGAAAAAAAAAGAUUUUCGGGAAAAUCCCAAUUUUUUUGUUUGUAAUAUUUUUUUAUAGUUUCUGUUUAAACAUUUAAGCAAGGCACUUUAUCAGUUUUAUGAGACCUAAACCAUUUUUGAGGUCGGAAUAAUUGUCUUCAUAUGAAAACUGAAUUUUCAAUAUUCUAGCUUGAUCCUAUGAAUAAAGGCCAAGUUCAGAAAAAAUUGACAAAAAUAUAGGUGUAGGUUUUUUUGUGGAAAUUGACUUUUUACAUUUUUAAACAACUCUAUAUUUUUGUAAUUUUUAAAUUUUUAAACGAUUUUCCGAUGAAUGGAAAAUUGGAAAAAUUUUAUUUGGUGAAAAACUAUAGGAGUUCAAAGAUAAAACGUAGAAAUAAUUGUCGCAUAAUUUCCUCUUAAAAACGAGAUAUUCAGAGAGUUCAAGGAAUCCAGAGAAUCAAAGAAUUCCAAAGAAUACAAACAACUCUAAAGAAUUUAAAGGAAGUCAAAAAAAAUUACAAUCAUAAUUACAAAAAAAAAAAUUAUAAUUAGCAACCAAGGACAGAGGUUCUUUUAACGGAGAUUUUGUGGCAUAUUUGCGCACUGAAAGUGUUUAAGUUUUCUAUUGAAAGCGACUCGCAUGUUAAAUGUCGCUUUUCCGUACAUAUGUACUUUUAUGCAUCCUUCAUCGAGAUCUUUGAUGAGAAGACUGUCAGAAAUUGCGAGUCGAUGAUGCGAUGCUACAUAUUUUGUAGAAUUUAAAUUUGUACUUUCUAGCCAGUAGUUGUAAGAGUCGAUUCUUGCGUUUGGAACGUUCGCCAAAUAGAGUGACAUAAAAAUGUACUUUCGGUAAAAUGUGGCAGAGAAUGUAUAGUAGAUUAUGGCGAAGUGUGUAUAGUUUAGUUUAGCAAUUGUGAUCUCCGCUGUAAGUCUUCGAUCGGUGUAUACAUGUAAUUACUUAAGAUGUAUGUAAAUUAGUCCUGGAUUCCGUUUUCUUAUUUUAAAUGGGAAUCCGAAAGUGCCGGGAGAAAAAUCAAUUUUUAAAUUUAUGCAAGCACUUUGAAUUCCCUUGAAAGUAGAAUCAUGUACAUUAUUUACUGGAAAGUGGAAACGUAAGGUAAAAGGGAUGUAAAUUUAAAACCAUUUAUCUUUUCUAGUAACGCGCCGCGCAAAUGUAAAAAUUCAUUUCUUAACACUUCUCGACUUAAAUAGCUUUCUCUAGUAUUAUUGUUCAAAGAGAAUUCACAUAUUAUCGCGUUCUUUAUAAUCAAAAUUAUGCGAUUAAGAAUUAUUAAAAUAUCGAAAGAAAUUUAUUGAAAUUUUCAAGUUAGAAACUGCUUUCAGGAAAAAAAAACUGAAAUGUGCAAUGGAAAAAUUUAUAAAGGUCCGAUUUGCACAAUGAGAAUAAAAUGUUUUCUCUUCCCUUAUACUUUUCGUCUGCUCAUUUUUUUUAGUCAACUUGCUUACCUGAAAAAUACACUGGGUCAGGGAAAGAGCAAAUCUAUUAUUUUUUAGAAACUUUCUCAGAAAGGAAUAUAUUAGGUUUCUGAAAAUCUUCCUCUUUUUGGAAAUGUUUUUUUCUAUUUAAAAUAUUAAAAGAUGUACAUUAGAAAAAUGUAUAAUUUAUUAUUUCGAUGAAAUUAUAACUAGUCCUUAUUGAAAAAUAGCUUUUGAUUUUGAAAUAAGUGAAAUGUGAAAUAUAAUAUAAAUUUUUUUUAAUUUGCACUUCUUUAGAAACAAUUUCCAAAUAAUAAGUUUUUUGUAAAUAGAUAAAUCUUUUUUUAUUAUGAAGGAAAAUAAAAUUUGAAAUUACAUAACUGAAGAGUAUUCCAUAGUUCAGUGUGAUUUCGUGAUAAUUUUUUGAACUCUUUUAUAAAAAGUAUAAUAAAUUGUAAAUUAUUCUUCGUUCGCCUGUCGAUAUUAUGAAUAUUAGAGAUUUAAAAUGACGAUAUAUCAAUUACAAAAUGCCAUUCAAGCAGAAUGUGAGCAUUUAGUAAGAUAUAAUAUCAUAACUAGAAUCUAGAGAUUCGCAAUGUGAUAGUACGAAGUGCUCUUCUAGUAAUUUUUCGUGCUUGAUUUUUUUUUAUGUUGAAUGUUAUUGCAGGGCAACUGUUACUUCAAAAAUAUUAAGUGUAGUUGUUAUGUGGCCAAUUACGAUAAAAUAAGUAAUAAUAAACUGAUUAUUACCGAUGUGAGUCGUACUACUUCAAUAAAAUGGAAAUGACGUAGCUGGUCAUUUUUUCCUUGUAUCUGGUAAUCAAAAA